AUGUCACGGAAUUUACUUCCAUUUUUAUAUCAGACCCGGACACUGCAAUUUGCUUGCAGGCGUCCGGUGUCACUUCUCGUCGCCCAAAAAGCUGGCAUUAUCACCAAGAACAAGCGCAGCAAAAGACCCGACAACUCGAUUCCCUUUGAGUGGGAUGACGCAGAGCAAGCAAACAGUCACAUCACCCCUGAACAAGAAGGAACCUUGACGCCAACCGAGUCUGAAAUCUUCAAGGGCAUCUUUGACGAAAUCGCUCAAGGACGGUUGCCAAAGGCCAAGAAGCGACCUGAAUCUGCCGAGGGACAGGCAGAGCUCACAUCACAAAGGCCAGCCAAGGAGACUUCUGGAGAAGGAUUUUCUGAAGGCUCGCUGGUUGAUCAGGCCCGCAGCGCUCAGUCCGACCCCAACUUCUUGAAGCAAUUCCCAGCGUCGCUGCAGAAUGCGGCCCAGGCCGCCCUGGGCAAAUUCAAGCUUGCGCCUGCGCGCCCCAGGCUCCGCGACUUGGCCGAACUCGACAGGGCCGAAGCUAAACAGAUGGCCGUGUGGGCGCAAUACGAAAGUAUCAGGGAGACGGAGAAGCUGAGGGUUGAGACUCUGAUGAAAGCUUGCCAGACGGAUGUUGAGCUGUGGGAGGUCAUGGAGGAUGAGGUCUUCUCGCUGCCUGGGAAGUUGAUGAUUGGGUCGUCUGACGCGAGAAAGGAGAGAAAGGAGAGAAAGAAGCAGAAGAUGGCUGCCAAAAGAGCGGGCGAGGAGACGACUGUCGAGGAAACGGCCACAAAGGCUGCACAACCUUCGAUGCUAAAAGAUGGGAGCCGUGUCAUGGACAUCCAUGGACCCCUCUACCCUCACUACCUCAGCACCGGCAUGAAGCUGUUGGACACGGCAUUCCUAAAGCCGUCUAUCCUAGCCUUGAACAUCAUCCCGCGGGUCAAGGAUCUCGGCCUUUCGUCCUACGUCCUCGGCGUUUCGACUCCGCUGUUUGCCAAGCUAGCAGACAUUCACUGGAGGCGGUACGGCGACGCCACGGCUGCCUUGGACGCCCUGGAUGAGAUGCAGUCGGUUGGCCUUCAUCCCAACGAGGAGGUGGAGAAGUUGGUUGAGGAGAUUUCCAGCCAUCUGCACAGCUGCACAUGGGGUGCUCAGGGUCCUUUUGUCAUGGCCAUGAUGGAGUCGCCUCCUUACGACGCUUCUCUUACUACCCGGUUGGAACGUUGGGAACGUGUCAUUGCCAAGUCUCGGCCGCGACAGCUGGAGAUGGAGUGA